AUGGCGAGUCACGAGUCUAGCAGAAGUCUGCCAAACCCAACCCCUUGUUUGAGCUAUUGGCAACGGACCACGCGGGGGUUUCAACAUUUGUAUGAAAACACAGAUGUACCCCUACCAUCAAUUUCUCCAUAUGUCAUUGUUGGCUCCGGUAUCGCUGGUGGCCUGACUGCGUUCGAAUUAAUUGAAGGGGGUGUCAAGGCGGAAGAAAUCGUCAUUUUGGAAGCGCGAGAGGCAGCGAGCGGUGCUAGUUCACGAAACGCCGGGCAUGUGCGACCAGACGCCUUCAGGGGAUUUAGUGCCUACUCUAAAGUCCAUGGUGACGAGCAAGCUCUCAAGAUCAUCAACAACGAGCGACUUGUUCUCGAACGAGUCGCGCAAUUCACCAAGAAGCACAACGUUGGAUGUGACUUUCACCUGACUUCCACCUUUGAUGUUUGCAUGACUCCAGAGUUUGCUGCGUACGAGGCAGAAAGUCUACAGGCUUUCAAACACGCCGGCGGCGAUACUUCGCACAUCAAAUUUUACAAAGGAGCGGAAGCAGGAAAAAAGACACGAGUUCCAGGCGCUGUAGCAGCAUACGAGUGGCCAGCAGGGUCAAGUCACCCAGCAAAACUGUCGCAAUUCCUCCUCGCUGCGGUCAUUGCCAAAGGUGCAAAGCUAUUUACGUUCUGUCCUGCGACCGAAGUCAAAGGCCAAGGUCCGGACUCCAACCUCUGGGAUGUGCACACCUCUCGUGGGAUAAUUACCGCCGAGAAAGUGAUUCACUGUACGAAUGCUCAUGCUGCUCAAUUGUUGCCACAGCUGGAGCCCUAUAUGCGACCAAAUCGGGCUCAAGCCCAGUCUCUCGUGCCGGUGCCUGCUUUCUCGGGAGCAGGAAUCUUGCAAUCUACUUAUUCGCUGCGUUACAGUCUUCAUCAUUUCUACUCUUUGAUUCAGCGCCAAGGGGAUGGCACAUUGGUCUUGGGUGUCUCACGAUCGAAUCCAACACUCAGCCCCGAAACCAUUGCCAGUCGGUUGAGCACCGAUGACUCUCGAUUCAACGACGAAAUUGCCCAAGACGCAUUGCAGAGCUUUGGCAAUUUAUUCCCGGAUUAUUCCUACGAUGCUACCAUGCACGGCGAAGGCUUAGAUCACGCUUGGACUGGAAUUAUUGGAAUGACAACGGACUCGGUUCCCUUUGUCGGUGCAAUUGAGUCUCUACCGGGGCAAUAUAUCUGCGCAGGGUUCAACGGCCACGGCAUGGCCCGCAUAUUUACCUGCGCCCCCGGCCUCGCUAAACUUGUGCUUGGUGCGAAUUGGAGCGACACCGGUCUCCCAGAAUGCUUCCAAUCCAGCAAUGAACGACUGUCACGACUAUCAGAGGGAGAUUUGCCAUCAAUUUGGUGA